AUGGAAGCUACUUUUCCGUUGUUCCUACAUUUCCCCAAAGAGAUCCAAAUCCUGAUCUGGGAAGCUGCUGUUCGCCCGUCGGGUGAUCGCCAUGUCCAUCGAUUCUCCAUUGCCGGCUUUCCUCUCAGACACACAAAUCGAAAGCACUUACGCUUACAAAAUACCAAACGCUUAUCUGAUGGGGCCUCGCGACUUGUUACCUGCUCUUCAUUGACUGUAUCUCCGGAUGACGUAGAAGGCAAUCCUAAUGAUUCUAUCUACCUGUCAGACAGUGGUCUCUGGACGGCUUGCAAGAAUUCACGCGAUGCCAUGGAGGGGCGAUUCAAAGGGAACGAAUGGUGGUCACAUAUCAAGUCUCCCUAUCACCCAAAACGCACAUCGAUGCCCGGUCAAUGUCUUGGCCGGGAAGACGCCACACACACGGCGUCGUACACAGACCACGACGGGGUUGUCAAACACAUUACUAUAGGUUACGAGAGAGAUCUUGUCCAUCUGGAUUCUCGUUAUCUAUACAUGAUUGAAAAUAUCGAUUGGUUUCAUGCCCCGAAUGGUAUCUUUCAGCUUCCCGUUUUCGACAACCGGCGCUGCCACGAGGUCAAGCCUAGCUUCGUCGGUUUCGUCGGAGAAAAUAUCGCACUGGACUACGAUUGCUCUAUAAUGGACAAUUUCUAUUCACAAAAGUUGCAUUAUCAAAGGAAAGAACUAAAAGCGUCUUUUGGCGAGGUCUUGGACACAUGCUGCCGUUUGCUCAAGGCCACGCAAAGAACCGUCUGGCUCGUUGACUAUGGCUUAGUGCCAGCCCCAAACACGGCCGCAGAACCGACAGCCGUGAGAGAGAUCUUCCGUUCAGGUGACUGCAGCUACACCGAAGUCAAGUCAGAAGACAUCGGGGUACUAUGGCAUCUCGUUGACUACGAUAGAGCCUAUGACGGCGAGAAUCAUAGUGCAUUCGGCCUGGUUGGGAUAAUCGAACAGAGUUUGUUUAGACCGGACGGUCCUUCACGUCUUCGAGUCUUAGCCUGCCAGCCUGCGCCUGGACGGAAUAUCAGGCCACGGAACCCAUGGGCAGUGCGUUGUCAUGGCCAUCCUUCAUGCGAAGUAUGCAACGCGGACAAGCCUGUCCCGCGUGUCCGGCCAUCAACAAUCGUGCGGUCGGAAAGUUCAUCGGAUCUAUCCGACUCAGAUUUGAAUUUGUUUGACUAG